AUGAUAAUCACUCACCCUGAAAUCAUUAGAGUCUCAAUGGUGGCACGUAACGUUAUCUACUUUGUAAUUUUUUGGCCAUCAUACAGACCGGCUAUCAUGCAUCGUCUGCUCGUACGUUCAUCAAAGAACAAUAACAACAACAUCAACUACAACAACAACAACGUCACUAACAACAAAAACAACAUUAACAAUGACAACGUCAACAACAACGUCAUCAAUAACAACAAUAUCAACAUCAACAAUAUCAAUAUCAACAACAACAUCAACAGCAACAACAUCAUCAAUAACAACAUCAACAACAACAUCAACAACAACAUCAACAACAACAACAUCAACAACAACAUCAACAACAACAACAUCAACAACAACAUCAACAACAACAAUAGCAAAAGGAAAGAGAGUGGCUGGAACGAUGGCUGGAUGUGCCAAUAA